AUGGCGUCGGGCCUAGCAACGAGUCUUGCGGCUGCUGCCAGCCUCAAUAGAACAUCAGUCAUCGUUCCCUUGUACUCGUACCCCGAAAACUCGACAACGUGGGCGCCUCUGCGGCAAGCCAUCGCUGCACACCCGCAGCUUCACUUCCAAGUCGUCAUCAAUCCUGAUUCGGGACCUGGCUCGAGCUCGCAACCUGAUGCAGAGUACGGCGCGGGCAUCGUUGCGCUCAAGAAAGCCUCGAAGUCGGGCAAUGUGCAGAUACUGGGCUAUGUACCGACUGGCUAUGGCAAAAAGUCGAACAAGACAGUCAUCAAGCAGAUCGCACAGUAUGCAGGCUGGAACACGUCGUAUGCUGUAGAUGGCAUCUUCUUUGACGAGACGAUUGAUGGCAAAUACUCGCUCUACAAGCAAUACUAUGACGCUGUCAAAAGCACCAAAGCAUGGCCCAACAGGACUGUCGUUCUCAAUCCUGGCCUUCCCGUCAGCGCGACCGGCAGUACGAGCUAUUACAACAUCGCAGACACGGUCGUCACGUUCGAAGACGAUUACAAGUCAUAUCAGUCUGAGAGCCCUCUGGCAUACCCCCGGCCGAGCAAGCAAUCCGUCAUCAUCCAUUCUUAUCCCGUCAGUGCUAGUGCCAGCGCACUGAGUACGCUCGUGAAGAGCUUGGUCAAGCAAGGCGUCGGAUCGACCUACAUCACCAAUGUCCAAAUCAGCCAGUCUGACGUCUACCAGAGCUUUGGCUCGGACUGGACCACCUUCAUGACCGACGUAGCACAAGCGCAACCACUGAAAUAG